CCCUCCAACUCAUCCCCUUUCCGCUUUCUUUCUCAACGCCACCGUCCACGGCCGCCGCCGCCGCUGCAGCGAUAGCUAACUGAUAGUUAUGGACUCCCUCACUCCGUGAACAGAGAGAGAAACAAACAUGCAUUCCCGUUUUGCCCUUCCUUUCCGUUUCUAUUUUCCGAUUCCUUCUCCUUUACUUUCCAGAUCUCUCGUCGGCGCCAACCAUACCUCUGCUCGUUUCUGCUCCCGUUAAUCUCUCCUCCAUUUUCAACGAUUGUUUCCCAUUUUUGUUGAUUAAAAUCCACAUUCCAACAGAUACAUCUCAAACGACGAAAACAGCUUUAUUUUUUGUUUUUUUCCCUCUAUAUAGUUACUGUCAUCAUGGAACCUGCUACAGGGAAGCCUAGCCUUUUCAGGAAUAUUCUGGCGCGAGCUCUUCUUUUCGGUGUUUUCAUCCUGGUCGUCCGAUUUGCUUACGUGGUUACAAUCACCGGCGAGUCUUGCAACCGCGGCGACUUUUGCUUCUUCUCCAUGCCGCAGAGUCUCAACUUUGUCAUACCUGGUGCUGGAGUCUCCGCCAUCGUCGGAAACGACGCCGUCUCACGGGCCGAUCCUCGCCGGGAACUCUAUACCAGCAAGGAGUGGAUCAGGGCUGUCCGUUUCUACUCCUCGGUAUUCCAAGAUCUGAUCUCUGACGGUUACCUCUCGCCUCACUCCAAGUCUCUCUGCGUGGAGACACCCUUGGGACAAGAAGUUUUCACCUUGAAAGAUAUAGGCGUGGAAGAUUCCAUCGGAAUUUCAAAGAAAGCGGCCAAGCCCUUGGUGAUUAAAGGUGAGGGGCAUCAGAUACCGUUCAAUGAUAAUACUUUUGACUUCAUAUUCACAGGUGGUGGCCGCCUUGAUGUAUCGGCGCGUCUCUCGAAUUUUGAGUCGGAAAUCACUCGGACACUCAAACCCGAAGGGUUUGCAGUGGCCCACAUCAAGGCUAAUGAUACCUAUAGCUUGAAUUCUUUACUUGAUUUGUUCAGUUCUUUCAAAUUAGUUAAAAUGCUUGAUAUGGAAGGUUUCGAUUCAUCAAUGCCUUUUGUUAGAGAAAUUGUAUUGAGAAAAGAAGCUGGAGUUCUUAACCAUGGCGGCAAGAAGAUUCCAGAUGGUAAUUCUGGUAAUAAGUGCUCGAUUCCGGGGCAUAAAAGAGAAUUAGUGGAGAAGGCAGAGCCGCUUAUUGAGGAGGAGCCCUUAAAGCCAUGGAUCACCUUGAAAAGAAAUAUAAACAAUGUGAAGUAUUUGCCAUCAAUGGUUGAUAUCAGCUUCAAGAGUAGAUAUGUAUAUGUCGAUGUUGGUGCUAGGAGUUACGGUUCGAGCAUCGGAAGCUGGUUCCGAAAACAAUACCCCAAACAGAACAAGACCUUUCAUGUAUAUGCUAUCGAAGCAGAUAAGCAUUUUCAUCAACAAUAUGAUUCGAAGAAGAAAACGGUUACAUUGUUGCCUUACGCCGCAUGGGUAAGGAACGAGACGUUGCAGUUCGAGAUCAAUCGCGAUCCUGGCCAGGAAGAAGUGAGUGAACUCAAGGAUAAAGGCAGAGGGAUGGGCAGAAUACAACCUGUGAAAUCGAGCGGAGGCGAGGUGGACAAGAUUCAAGGGUUUGAUUUCGCGGAGUGGUUGAAGAACACAGUGACCGAAAGUGAUUUCGUAGUGAUGAAAAUGGACGUCGAAGGAACCGAAUUCGACUUGAUUCCUCGUCUAUUCGAAACAGGUGCAAUCUGUUUGAUCGACGAGAUCUUCCUCGAAUGCCAUUAUAAUAGGUGGCAAAGGUGUUGUCCCGGUCAGAGAAGUACCAAAUACGAGAAGAAUUACGGCCAAUGCUUGCAACUGUUCACUUCGCUCCGAGACAGCGGUGUUCUUGUCCAUCAAUGGUGGUGACUGGCAAGUGAAAAGUAAGCCUUUUACCUUGUUUCUGUAAUGGCUUAUAUGAUAUGAACUCUCACAUCCAAAGUGUUUUUUUUAUUUCA